UUUCAAUGCUGUGCCCCGCGAGUUCGUGUCGAUUGAAUGGGGCCUUGCGCACUUUCUGCAUCUCUCUUCCGGAGAGAAAGUGACAUCGUCACACCCGCGAAUCAGAUGAUUUUCGGGCCUCGCCGGUCUCUGUGAUCUUACGCCGCCCACCGCGCGCGCGGCGGAUAGUUUAUCAUCACGGCACAAUUGUGAUUGCGAGGACAGGAGAGUUGCAGUCGGGUAUAAAACGGUGACUGUGACUCUUUUAUUUCAAAAAUAAAGUGUACAUUAGUCCAGAGUUUUCCAUCUGUUUGACGCAUAUUAUUGCCUGACUUCCGCGAGGAUGUGUCGUCUAUAGACUCUAUCUCUUCCCUCUCUCUGUCUUAUGUAUUUCUGGGGAGAAAGUGAAGAAGUGAAUGUGGAUGUUUUGGCGGGAACACUCCGCCGAAGACUGACCUGCCUCACUUUGGAGGUCGUUGAGCGGAAGUGUGGUCUACCUGUUGAUUAGAGACGCUCACAGAUGGGCAAAAUGGAGUGGCUUCGGAGAGUGUUCAAAAGGUCAGACACCUCCUCAUCCGCCCCUGAGCAUGACGAGACACUAGAGUCUGCGGAGGAGUAUCGACAGCGCUGGUAUUCAGUCAGAGUCAUCUACUUCACCAUGUUCCUCAUGUCCCUGGGCUUCAGUAUCAUCCUCACGGGCAUCUGGCCAUAUCUCAAUAAGCUGGAUCCUCAGGCUGGCAAAGACUUCAUGGGCUACAUUGUGGGCGCCAAUCCCUUCGGCCAGAUGCUCUUCAGUCCACUCUUUGGGUGGUGGAGCAACAAACUCUCCUCCAUUCGCGUACCAUUGCUCAUUUCCCUGGCCAUCUUCACUACUGCCAGCGCCGUGUACUCUUCCAUUGAAAUUCUUCCCUCACAUCACAAGUACUGGAUGCUCUUCUCGCGCUUCUUCGUCGGCGUCAGCUCCUCCAACAUCGCCGUGUGCCGAUCUUACCUCUCCGCCGCGACACGACUCAAGGAGCGCACCGGAGCCGUGGCCAUGGUGUCUCUGGCACAGGUGCUGGGCUUCGUGGUGGGUCCUGCCAUCCAGGCGGCAGUCACGCAGCUCGGCGAGCACGGCCUAAUCAUCCCAGGUGUCUUCCAUCUCAACAUGUACACAGCCGCCGGCUGGAUUAAUGUCCUGCUCGGCAUCGGGAACUUCUGCAUGUUCCUGCCGACCUUCUUCAAGGAGAGACGCAUUGCUGCCAAAGAAGUGAUGAUAUUGCAGGGCAAGGGUGACGAGAGAGAGACCUGGAAGUCCAUCAAGCCUGACUACUUCUCAGCCUGGACACUCAUUGUUGCCUUCUUCAUUCUGGUCUUCAAUUUUGUCCUGCUAGAAACACUCGGGACUUCACUGACCAUGGAUCAGUUCGCGUGGUCCAAGAUGGAGGCCCUCUCCUACAUGGGCAUCCUUAUGUCCGUGGGCGCCGUGAUUGCGUGCGUGACGUUCGUUGCCAUCAAUCCACUGUGUAAGCGCUUCGAUGAGCGCAAAGUUCUGCUGUGGGGCGGAUUCUUCUUCAUGGUCCUCGGCAGGGCACUCUACAUUCCCUGGGGCAGUGCGCCGCCGAUCAUUGCCGAGAUGGGGAACGGCACUGUGUCCGACACGGAGAUUCUGGGCUGUCCAUCGACCCAGGAGUGGUGUCGCACCACACCCGCGAUGACCAUCAUGCAGUUCCUUCUCGGCUACAUCACCACGUCCAUCGGCUAUCCAAUCGGUGUGACGCUCAUUCAGACGAUCUUCUCGAAGAUCCUCGGGCCACGCCCACAAGGCACCUGGAUGGGCCUGAUGACGGGCUCUGGGUGUCUGUCCAGAGUCCUGGGACCGGUCUUCGUGGGUUACAUCUACACGCGAUUGGGAACAUUUUGGACUUUCGGCGUGACGACAGUCAUGAUGGCUGUGGCCAUGAUAUGGUUGUGCCUCUUCAGCAAUCGCCUCGUGCCUCCAGAGCUGGAUCAUCCUGCGCCAGCUGCAGUUGAACUCCAUGAAAUGUCAAUGGUGAAGCUCGCCUCCAGGGAAUCCCUAGAUCAUGAGCUCGAAGCCCUCAGGAAACCAGAAAAAGUGGAGGAUCGAUAGAUCACACAAGAGAAUUUAUCUUGCUAUACAGAUCACAAUAAAGAAAAUUAUAUAAUUUUAUACAAGGCGGGGGCUGUCCGGUCAUGUACAGAUUUUAGCAACAUUAUUUUCCCCUUGGACAUUUGUAGCAUUUGGAAAGACGAAAUUGGGUCGGAGAAGUUGUAAUAUUGGAUUCUCAGUGCAAUCUCAAGGGUUUUUCCGUAAUGUAAACUUUACACACUGCAACAACCUUCUGACCAGCUGUUCUGGCAUCGUUAAGGAAGCAAUUUGUUGAAUGGGAAUAACAAGACUUGCUGUGCAUCGGAAAUUGAAGAAUUGUUGGUGUAUAAACAAACAAUCUUUAACUGUUUCUGCUUUGAGUUUGAGACAAAACGGGUGAAAAACAUGGCAAAUUCAGAGUUACUUUUUGUCGCUCA